GAUGAUGGUGCCCUCGUUCUAGCCAGCUUCUUUUCUGCUGCAUUACGUCGAAGGUGCCACCUCCCUGCACCCAACCACCUCAAUCAGAUCGGUUGGCCUGUUUCUGGCUUCACGGUCCAGGCCUUGAGGUUCCAUGUACAGAACUUCGCAUGCUGCCGAAGCCGCGCAUUCCGAGUCCCCGAAAGAAAGAAAGUACGAAGCCAAGGGAGCAGAUGCCCGAGAGAAUAGAGGACCCUCAACUCCACACUGUCAGCCAAGUCCCGGUCGUCAAUCCGGCUUCAAAGGUGCCGACCUACGUGGGCGAUGGAGGCAGGUGUCCUCAUUCAGGCUCCUGAAAAGGACCAGUAAACAAACUGACAACAGGCAACGAACUCACUCGGCGGCUGUGGUGUUAUGUGGUCUGAAUAUACCGCAAUCUGUCCGUGGCACCGGGACUUACUUACGCAGAUCUCCAUCUCGGUCGACAACCGGGGCAGUUAGGAGCAGCGACGAGGUCGGGAAGCACGUCGGGACAGGAGAACUGCGAGCGGUCCUGACGAGAUCUGACGUCUUCAGAGAUUUACGGGGCUCGCCACUCGUGGAAACAAGGGGGUCAGUCACACCACCAAGCAAUCUUACCAAUCUAUGUCUCAGUCACCUUCUUAGUUGACUGUGAAAACACCGCGAGAAUGGCAAAGUCACCGACCGAUCUAUUAAUACUCUAUCCUAUCCUACCACGGCCAAA